CAGGCCGUGCGCGACGCCCAGAGCCACAUCCUGGCCUCCGACGAGACGGCCUGCGUGUUCGGCGAGGACGUCGCCUUCGGAGGCGUCUUCCGCAGCACCAUGGGCUUGGAGAGCGAGUACAGCCGCGAGCGCGUCUUUAACACGCCGCUCAGCGAGCAGGGCCUUGUCGGCUUCGGCAUCGGCAUGGCGGCCAUGGGCCACACGGCCAUCGCCGAGGUGCAGUUCGCCGACUACAUUCUCCCAGCAUACGACCAGAUCUGCAACGAGGCGGCCAAGUACAACUACCGCAGCGGCGGGCAGCACACCGCGGGCAAGCUCACGAUCCGUGCGCCGUGCAUGGGCGUGGGGCAUGGUGCGCUGUAUCACAGCCAGAGCGUCGAGCAGCUCUUCGUUGCCGUGCCCGGCCUCAAGGUUGUGAUCCCGCGCUCGCCCAUUCAGGCCAAGGGCCUGCUGCUGGCGUCGAUCCGCGACCCCAACCCUGUCAUCUUCCUCGAGCCGAAGAUCCUGUACCGCUCAUCCGUCGAGCACGUGCCGAUCGACGACUUUACGCUGCCGCUUUCGUCUGCCGAGGUGCUGACGAGCGGCGAUGACAUCACGCUGCUCUCGUGGGGCGCGCCGCUGUACUCGUGCGUCGAGGCGGCCAACCUGCUGCGCAACCCGCCGGCGAGCAUUGCCAAGCAUGUGCCCGAGUCGCUGCGCGGCGCAAACGUCGAGAUCAUCGACCUGCGCACCAUCCUGCCGUGGGACCGCGAGACUGUGACGAAGAGCGUCAUGAAGACUGGCCGCUGCGUCAUCGUCCACGAGGCGCCCGUCACCGGCGGCGCAGGCGCCGAGAUCAGCGCGCACCUCCAGAGCGCAGCGUUCCUGCGGCUUGAGGCGCCGAUUGAGCGCAUUGGCGGCUGGGACACGCCGUUCCCGCACGUGCACGAGACAUUCUACAAGCCCGGCUCGCUGCGCAUCGUCGACGCACUCGUCCGCUCGCUGUCGUACUGA